AUGGUCCUCCCUCGUCUCCCGAAGCUGGCGAAUCGAAACCUAAUCCUGGAUCUCUCCAACGGAUUUCAAGGGAAGUUUCAGAGAAACGAGGGUGAAUCUAGAACCACCAGAUCUCUUCAUCGUCUCCGACCAACACGAGUAGUGAGCGACAUCAAAAAAGCGUUAGAUAUCAAUGAGAGAUGGAGAGACAGAGAUACAACAAACAGGAUCUGCCGAGACAGAGAGGAAGCUCAAAAUAGAAAGAAGAAGCCUGGGAUUGCAUACAGAAAAGCUGCUAGAUUGAGAAUGAGACAAGAGACUGCACUUCUAGCUUAUACAUCAAAACAUCUCCAAUUUCUUGCCCUUGGAAAGGAUGUGGAACCUGCAACAGACAGAGUCUCUGAUCCCGUGUUCCCGCCAUGCUUCCAGCUUUCCCCAAGGCUGCCACCUAUUUGGUCGGCAUGGGUCAGGCUUGACCAAAUGACAAGCACCAAGAUUUGA